AUGGCUCCUCGCUCCUGUUCUCGGGUAAAGAUCGUUUCGCCUAACACUGGCACAGUCAAUCAUUCUCGUUCCAUAAGUAUUGUUCCCUCUUCUACUGCCUCAACCGAUACUUCGAAUGAACUUGAAUGCGAUUCUAGGCACCAAGUACCUAGUCUAUUCUUAAAAUCAAAUGAAUUUCGCAUUGCGCAGCAUCCCCCAAGCUCUGUGGUUUCUACCCUGCCUUUUCAGCCACCAAAGCCACUCUUCAGGGUGAUGACGGAACCUCUUUGUGAUCGCUAUCCAGAGGUUAAGGCCCAUCACCUCAAUAGUCUCCGGCGCAGUUCCAGAGACCAUCUUCAGACAAGCUGUCGAGUGUUGCAACACGGGAAAGGGGUUGUGCAGGCUGAUAACAGAGAUAUUCAAAAAAAUUGCACCAAAAUUUUUCAACGCUGUCACCUCGACAAUGCGUCUGACAUCACACAUCCUUUCGUGACGGAUGAAAAUUCGUUGAAUGAUCGGUGGCAGUCACAACCACAGAGCGUCGAUAUCCACAACAGCCGCGCUAAAGCUGGGCGAGCGUUGCAGCUUCCAAGGACUAUUCCUAUUCACUAUGAUGGAUAUGACUCCAGUCAGAGCCGUGGGCAAAUGUCGUCGUCUUCAGUAUCCAUGACUUCACGGAAGCGUCACCGCUCUUACUCCGCUAUAUCAAACCUUGACGACCGUGACAAUAUCGGCUUUGAGGCUGUAGAAGAAGGUGAAUCUGAAUGGAAGGGGGGGAAUCAAGGAAUUUCCUUACAACGACAUUUUCGUUCUGCAGCUAGUAAGAGCCAGUCGAAAGAUCAGCGUGGUUGUCAAGACAUGCAAAAUGUGAGUAAUGCUUUUAAUGACCCUCCUCUAAUUCAAGAUCAGGAAUUAAAUGAAACAACCAGCAUAUCUGUUGGACCUGCUAUGUUUCGUGGAUUAAGCUCCAUUCACGUAACUGAGGAGCUCUUCGACACAAAAGGUUGCAUUUCUUUUGCUAGGGCCGCCCCGCGUGGGAUUCUUACGUCUAGAAGUGGCACGCACGCUCUAUCAUACAGAGAUGGGGAAUAUAUGGCUACUGUUUCAUCCAAGAAGAACAGCGCCCACAGAGUUGCAUUAAUACAUUCCUUGUGCACACGCUACUGCUCACGGCCUCUAUGGAGCCUAGUAGGUACCUUUAAAACACCCAUAACAAGCGUAGUGGACGUAGACUAUGUGCAGGGCUGCAUGCGUUGGAAGCAGCGUAACCCGAAGGGUGGUUUUCAGAUGAUCCGUAUUCCACUCGACGGCAUUCAGGAUUCCGUUGUGGCACACAUUACACAAGAGGAUGAAGAUAUUCAGGAAAAACAGUUUACUGCGAUUAUCCGAACCUCCACGCGACCCUCGCAGGUGAUUUUCGGAUUUAAGACUUUAAGUGAAGCAAAACAAAUAUGCUCUAUGUUGAAAAAAGCAUAG